UUCGAGGCCGGUGGGGCUGGCAGGGACGCGCGGUGGUGGGGCAGCCCUCGGGCGGAGCGAGCAUGCCGGGGAACCGGGCGGCCUGGCCGCCGUCGCCACCGCUGCCGCUGCUGCUCCUGCUGCUGUCGCGAGCCGCGGCGCUGCGCCCAGACGAGCUCUUCCCCUACGGGGAGUCGCGGGGAGACCAGCUCUUGCAGGAAGGCGACGACGAGAGCUCGGCACCCCUGCAGCUGGCGCUCCCGCUGCGCUUCUUGGAUGCCCAGUUCGGCAGCCUCUUCGUGGGCACCAACGGCAUCAUCUCCACCCAGGACUUUCCCAGGGAGACCCAAUAUGUGGACGAUGAUUUCCCUACCGACUUCCCGGCCAUCGCCCCCUUUCUGGCAGACAUCGACACGAGCCAGGGCAGGGGCCGGGUGUUGUUCCGCGAGGACACCUCGCCGGCUGUGCUGCGCCUGGCUGCCAGCUACGUGCGCACCGGCUUCCCGCGCUCCGCCGCCGGCUUCAUCCCCACCCACGCCUUCCUGGCCACCUGGGAGCGCGUCGGCGCCUACGAGGAGGUCAGGCGGGGGGCUCAGCCCUCUGGGGAGCUGAACACGUUCCAGGCGGUUUUGGCCUACGAUAGGUCUGAUAGCUUCGCAAUCUUUCUCUACCCCGCCGACGGGCUGCAGUUCUUUGGCACUCGCCCCAAAGAGUCUUACAACGUCCAGCUGCUGCUUCCAGCUCGGGUGGGCUUCUGCAGAGGGGAGGCCGAGGACAUGAAGCGAGAAGGGCCGUACUUCAGCCUGACUAGCACUGAACAGUCUGUGAAAAAUCUCUACCAACUAAGCAACAUGGGGAUCCCCGGAGUGUGGGCCUUUCAUAUUGGGAGCAGCUCCCCGCUGGACAACUUCCAGCCUGCCACAAUUGGAAGCGAUCUUCCUACAGCUCAACCUUGGGCUCCCCGGGAGCAUCCAGGCAGCCACGCCGCCGCCCUGGAAGGUGACUACACAGAGGGCAAUAUGGAUUACUACGACGAGAAUGAGGAGGAAGUUGAAUAUCCCCCUAGCGACCUAGGGGAGACGCCGGACGCUCAGAGCACAGUGGACCACCCAGCAACUAGUGACGGGCUAUCCUACCCUGAAACAGAAUCUGCCAAUGCGGACCCUCCAACCAAAGAGGCGGCAACCCUGGGAGGCGCGGAGACUCCUGCUUUAGGAGACCACGUGCAGCCCUUGGAUCAGGCGGGGACCAGAAGCCCCGCUCUCUUAGAGGUCGAUGGACAUUCCCUGGAUCCUUCCCAGGGGGGCUCCGCGCGCCAGCCUGGAGACCGAGCCGUGCAGCCCCACUCCGAGCGGAGACCCCUGCCUUCCGACCCCGACCCGCCCGCAGCCCGUCCACAGGGAGAAGUUCUUCCCGAUUACGCUGGGCCUGGCCACCCUGCGCCGGUGGGUGGACAGAGGCCGGGGGUCGGCGUGGAGGAUGAGAUUGGCUCCGACACUGAGGUCUUUACCUAUAACUCUGCCAACAAGGAAACCUGCGAGCACAACCACGGCCAGUGCUCCCUGCAUGCCUUCUGCACGGACUAUGCCACCGGCUUUUGCUGCCAUUGCCAGUCCAGGUUUAACGGAAAUGGGAGGCACUGUCUGCCAGAAGGAGCCCCUCAUCGAGUCAAUGGCAAAGUGAGUGGCCACCUGCGUGUGGGACACACGCCCGUGCACUUCAGUGACGUGGACCUGCAUGCUUACAUCGUGGACAAUGAUGGCAGAGCCUACACGGCCAUCAGCCACAUCCCGCAGCCGGCGGCCCAGGCUCUCCUCCCCCUGAUACCCAUUGGAGGCCUGUUUGGCUGGCUCUUUGCUUUGGAGAAAGAGGGCUUCAAGAACGGCUUCAGCCUCACAGGUGCUACCUUUGUCCAUAAUGCAGAAGUGACUUUCUACCCAGGAGAGGAGAGGGUUUGGAUCACUCAAACUGGUGAAGGACUAGACCCGGAGAACUACCUGAUCGUCAAGACCAACAUCCAAGGCCAGGUGCCCUCCAUUCCAGCAAAUUUCGUGGUCCACCUCCCUCCCUACAAGGAGCUUUACCAUUACUCUGACUCGGCUGUGACUGUCACAAGUUCCAGAGACUACUCUCUCACUUUCGGAGCCAUCAACCAAACGGGCUCGUACCGCAUCCACCAGAACAUCACUUUCCAGGCAUGCAGGCACGCCGGACACCAAGCUGUCCCUAGCCCCCAGCAGCUGUCGGUGGACCGAGUCUUUGCCCUGUACAGUGAGGAUGAAGGAGUGCUUCGAUUUGCUGUGACCAAUCAGAUUGGCCCUGUGGAAGCGGACUCAGAGCCCACUCCAGUGAAUCCUUGCUACGACGGGAGCCACACGUGCGACACGGCAGCACGGUGCCAUCCGGGGAUGGGUGCGGAGUACAGCUGCGCGUGCGCACCUGGCUACCAGGGAGACGGAUGGAGUUGCGCAGAUGUCAACGAGUGUGCGACCGACUACCAUCGCUGUGGCCCUAACUCUGUGUGCAUCAACCUCCCGGGAAGCUACCGGUGCGAGUGCCGCAGUGGCUAUGGGUUUGCAGAGGACCAGCACACGUGCGUCUUGAUCGGCCCCCCUCCCAACCCCUGUGAGGACGGCAGUCACAACUGCGCCCCUGCUGGGCAGGCCCGCUGCCUUAACCAUGGAGAUGGCACAUUCAGCUGUGCCUGCCUGCCAGGCUACACUGGCAGUGGGUACCAGUGCUCCGAUGUUGAUGAAUGUGCGGAAAACAGAUGUCACCCAGCAGCUACCUGCUACAACACCCCUGGCUCCUUCUCCUGCUAUUGCCAGCCUGGGUAUCUGGGAGACGGCUUCCAGUGUACAUCUGAGCCCACCCAGAGGCCCCGGACUGUCUGUGAGCGCUGGAAGGAAAGCCUGCUGGAGCACUACGGCGGCACACCCAGGGAUGACCAGUACGUGCCCCAGUGCGAUGACCUGGGCCACUUCGUGCCCCUGCAGUGCCAUGGCAAGAGCGACUUCUGCUGGUGCGUGGACAAGGAGGGCAGAGAGGUUCAGGGCACGCGCUCGCAGCCUGGAAUCACCCCUGCAUGCAUACCCACCGUCGCUCCGCCCACCGUUCGCCCCACACCAAGGCCUGAUGUGACCCCUCCGUCCGUGGGCACCUUCCUGCUCUAUGCCCAAGGCCAGCAGAUCGGCCACUUGCCCCUCAACGGCACCAGGCUUCAGAAGGACGCGGCCAAGACCCUGCUAUCUCUGCAUGGCUCCAUAGUCGUAGGAAUCGACUAUGACUGCAGAGAAAGGAUGGUGUACUGGACAGACGUCGCUGGACGGACAAUUAGCCGUGCCAGCCUGGAGCCAGGCGCAGAGCCUGAGACUAUCAUUAACUCAGGUCUGAUUAGCCCAGAAGGUCUUGCUAUCGACCACUUCCGGAGGACCAUGUACUGGACAGACAGCGGCCUGGAUAAGAUAGAGAGGGCCAGGCUGGACGGCUCUGAGCGCAAGGUUCUCUUCCACACGGACCUGGUGAAUCCCCGAGCCAUCACCGUGGAUCCAAUCCGAGGCAACUUGUACUGGACCGACUGGAACAGAGAAGCUCCUAAAAUUGAAACAUCUUCUUUAGACGGAGAAGACAGAAGAAUUUUGGUCAAUAAAGACAUUGGAUUACCCAAUGGGUUAACCUUUGACCCCUUCUCUAAACUCCUGUGCUGGGCAGAUGCAGGAACCAAGAAACUGGAAUGUACACUACCUGACGGAACUGGACGGCGUGCCAUCCAGAAUAACCUCAACUACCCGUUCAGCAUUGUCAGCUACGCAGAUCACUUCUACCACACGGACUGGAGGAGGGAUGGUGUUAUAUCAGUAAAUAAAGAGAGCGGCCAGUUUACUGAUGAGUACCUCCCAGAGCAGCGAUCCCACCUCUACGGGAUAACUGCAGUCCACCCCUACUGCCCACCAGGAAGAAAAUGAAUUCCACAAUAUAAAGGACCUGAUGUUUACAACCAGAAUCUUGACCCUGAAGAACAUUUACUGCAAAGGAAGAAAGUGAGAAAGAAAUUGGUCAUUACAAGUUCCUAGACAUACAAGAUGAACAUUUUUCGUGCAAAAAGACUAAGUAUAUUUUGUGAAAAAUUUAUACCUCAAUCUUUACUACUGUAUUUUUUAAAAAGAGUCAUUUUAACAGUUGCUUAUUAAAAGCAACAUUUUAUAAACAUAUUUAAAAGGCCAAAUUCAAGUAAGAGUCAAUUAAGAACUUAACCUGAAUCUAAUUUUUGCUAUGGAUUUUUUUUCCUGGCCAAGAAUGAAAGCACAUGUGCUCAGUAUAAAAAUACAACCCUGAAUACCAAGAGUGUUGAUGUAGCUCGAGAAGGUUAUGCAGAACUGAUGGGAAAGAACCAGCUUACAGUUUCCCACCAGAAGUUCUAAGUUUUCUUACCUCGGCAUCAGUGCAUUUCUAUUUAUAUUACAAGGUGCUAGAAUGAUUCAAUUUGUAUUUUCUGAUCCCAUAAGUGCCUCUACAGAAGUAGCCACAGAAACUAUUACAUUUAUAAAUACCAAAGAGUAGCCGUUCUUAAAUUUUCUAGAUAACUCCA